UUACGGCCAGAACUAAGAUUAGAAAUAGUUUGUCUCACUUAGAUCUACAUUGUAGUAAACAGACCAACAAACGUUCUUACGAGCCUUGCGAAGUUGCCUUUACUUCAAGUACUUGAAGUAUAUGUAUGUUACUCCAAUGUAUUAGGUUAGUAGUUGCUGCUGUUCUUGUAGGUAUUUCCGGUGUCAUGGCGUGCAAAGAGAACACCGGUCAAAUAUGUAAUGACUUUGAAACUUCGACGUAUUGCCGGGUUAGUGAUGGCGGUGAAAGCAGAGCGGCGAGCGAGUCUGGCCACGCUGACGCUAGUCCCGCGCCCGGAUCAGGCACCGGUCACGCUGGCCACGCUGCCCACGUAAGCAACCUACCCGAGGCUGUGCGCAGGUUGAGAGGCUUGUUUGUUCAGGAUUAUCUAAGCGCAACCAUAGACAUGGGAGAAGGUAUGGUGGACGAGGGGUUGAGGGAGCCCAGUGUUUCGGAUGUGCACGUUCGACUCAUGAUUUUGUCCAGACCUGAGCUCCAAGAAGAGUUCAGGAACGCCAGUUUUGAUUCAACAGGCGACAUGUGGCGUGUAGAGCACGUUUUCUCAAAGGCGGCCAGCAGCCUAGAGAAUAUCUCGCUAGAAAAUCUUUUCCAUCUCAGUGAUGAGCAGAUGCUGGAGUUUUCCAGCGGUGGCCGAACCUACCGCAUCUUGGCAGUGGCUAGUGCAGGCUGUGGUAAAACAUUCGCCUUGACCAAAGUGGCUCCGUUGAAAUGGGCACGGAAUGAAAUGUGGAUGCCUUUUGAUCUGGUGGUUGCACGAAAGCUGCGCAACGAAGAAGUACGGAAAGCCACCAGUAUAUGCUCUUUACUUGGUGUUGAAGAGCAAGGAGAGUUCACGAGCGACGAACGCAAGAGCAUCGAUGAUUUUGUACGCCAGCAAGCGCACCGAGUUUGCUUGGUACUGGAUGGUCUUGAUGAGAUUCGCCUUGGUGACUGUAGUGGCUUUGUUCGCGACGUCAUCAACGGGUCAAAAGUGAGGGGACUUCGUCUGGUGGUGACGUCACGGCCGUGCGCAGAGCUGCUGAGUCUGUGCGACCAAAAGCAGUUUGAUCGCCGUGUGGAACUUGUCGGUUUCCGGCAGGAGGAUGUAGAGGAGUACAUCGGCAAGGUACUCAGAUCACCAGAAGAGGCAUCUGCACUGGUAACGGCAGUACGAGGCGACCAGAGCCUUGCCAGCAUGAUGGCCACGCCAUUCCUGGCCAUGCAGACGUGCAAACUCUUCCACUGUCGGUGUGGCAUGCUACCUCGCUGUCUGUCGGAUAUCUUCGACAUGAUGGUCAUCCAAGUAGCAGAGCGUCAUACUGGUGAGUCAUACAAGAGCUGGAAUGAGAUUGCCACCGACAUCCAAGAUCUAAUCCUGGAUCUUGGAAAGCUUGCAUUCGCCAUGCUGAACAAGCAGCAGCUGAUAUUCACUGAUGCUGAGCUAAAGGCACAUUCCAUUGCCAGAGAAGCAAAAUCACUGGGCCUACUCGUACUGGCCGACAGCACCAGUCGGGACAGUGGCAGAUUCUGGAUGUUCAGCCACCUAACUCUACAAGAAUCACUGGCUGCUCGCUACAUAGCAGUGCGGAAGGUCACCACGCUGGCCCGCGUUGGUCGCCUGGUUGAAUCACUUGGCCCCACCAGCCGGCACUUGCGCACUUUCUGGAUGCUGUGCACUGCCCAGUUGGAUGCAGAGAAAGCCGACUGCUUACUCAACGGUUUUUUGACCAGGAAGAAGUCGGUUAUGGAACCAGAACAAGACUGGGCUGGCUCGGAUGAUGCCGAGUGGGAUGAUAGCUUUGAUGAAUGUUCACAAGCCUUCCCCCUGAACAUGCUUGAAUCGCUCAGUGCGUGGCUGUUGGACCUGGAUAGUCGCCGCCUAGCCGAGGAGCUGCUCAGUGCACGGCUGAACGGCCGCAGCGGGGAGCGCCUGGUAGAGAGACGCUGCAAGAACGGCCGGAACUCCAGCCGGGAAGAGUUCCUGAAAGAGGUGCUGCUGACCUGGGCGGAACUCUGCGGCCCGGACGCAACGCCUGCUACACUGGCCACUGCCCUCCACGACAUGGGCAAAGAUGUACUUGCACAGUCUCUAAUCGCUGAUAUGCCUGAUGAGCCGAUGGCACAGAAGUGCCGCCGCUUUCACAACGAAAUCAGCGAAGGCCAGGAGUGUAACUUGGAUCUCGUCACGCUCUGCUAUGCCGAACAUUGCCAUCACCAUGGCAGCGAUCGUCAUCCGUUUAUGUCUAGCCUGGCGUCCGCGUUUCAGUGCAUGCAGGUACAGGUCGACGGAAACAAUCACCCUUCCGUCGUCCGUGCCUACGAUGUGGCGAUUGAUGUCCACUACGCCAGUCUGUGCAAGGUGUUCAUCCGCUACCUGAUGCCGGACAAACCGGUGUCGUUUCCGGUGUCACUGCUAAAGUGUAGCAAUAUCACCGAGCUCAUGAUCUCUCAGUGUACCUGGCAGUGGGAGGAGAUCGCCGCCGUUCUCAAAUCGUCAUGCGCGCACAUGAAGGAGAUAAUUGUGAUCAAUUGUGACUUCACCAAUCCUACCGAUAGCAGCACGCCAUCACAACCAGCCAGCAUUCAGCCACCACUUACUGCGUUCAAUGGAGUAGCAAGAACGACCAAUGCCACUUGCUCGCCCGCACUGAUGCUGGCUGAUGCACUUGCCGAUGUUCGCUGCCUCGAAGUAUUCGAUCUCAAUGGCUGCAGAGGAAUUUGUGGAGAGGCCAUGCACAUGAUUUGCAUGGCACUGCACGGAUCAUCUCGUCUGUCGACGCUUGUUCUUUUUCAGUCGGGACCUCCUCAUUUUGUAGCGGGCCUGGCAGAGAACCUGCACACUGCCUGGCCCCAACUGCGCGAGCUGGUCAUCACUGAUGUGGAAGAGCCGCUGCAGCAAGAGUGGCUCGCCGACGAUGACGUCACUGCCUUUCUGCAUGCCGUCAACACACAUAGCUCCCUUCGGCAGCUCGUAAUCUCCGCCAAGGUUCGCGAGCAGUUUCUUACGGACGCCACUCGCCGUCUGUUUAGCCGCAAUUCCUAUAGAUCCUCGUUGAAGGCAAACAUCGACGUGCAGCAUUGGUAACCAUGGUAACCCAGCUAUCUGUUAUGGCGACCGUACUGACAUGUCAUCGGCACAAACUGCUCCUUGCACAUGUACUCUAAAAAUCACGUUGGACGUUCCUUCGUCUAUCUUUUGCCAGAGCAUCUUGUUUAAAAAAGAAAUGGUAUGACUGUAUCCCCAGCAUUUAGCAGGUGCCCGCCACCUAUCCUUCGUCUACUGUGGUACCUCUGUUUCAUGCACAUGUAGCUAGACAACCAGGCCGUCUUCUAUAGUCACCUAGCUCUUCAAACUAUCUCACCAUCUGUUGAUAAAUUCCCGUUAAUACAAGGUUAUGGGCAUUCGGCAGGCUGACUGUGAUCUAUCCACAUAUGUAGCAUGAUUGCACAUGUCUGAUGUUCCUGUUUCCGAAGCUCGGCUUGUUGGCAACUAGCUAACAAGGGUAACGGAUACAGACAGAUCCAACAGAGACUAUCAUGAAUGGAGUUGUCAUUGUGUGCAGAUUUUCAAGUGUCAGUCAGUGAUAUCAUGAUUAUUCUGUGAUUGCCCGUAUAAGAGGC